AUGGCUGAGUUCCUAUGGACUUUUGCUGUACAGGAAGUGUUGAAGAAAGUGGCGAAAGUUGCAGCUGAGCAAAUUGGCCUCGCAUGGGGCUUGAAGAAGGAGCUACACGAGUUGAGAGAAUGGCUACUCAAGACUGAAACCUUCCUACGUGAUAUUAACAAAAGAAAAUUGCAUCAUGAUUCAGUGCGGCUGUGGGUGGACAAACUUCAACAUCUUGUUCAUGAAGCUGAGCAUCUAUUAGACGAGCUUGUUUAUGAAGAUCUUCGAAGAAAGGUUGUAACAGGAAAAAUGAAGAAGGUACGUGAUUUCGUUUCUCCUUCUAAUAAUAUUCUUGCCUUUCGUGUCAAGAUGGCGAGAAAAAUGAAGAACAUUACAGACUUGUUGUGUAAACAUUAUUGUGAGGCUGGUCCUUUGGGACUUGUUGGUGAUGGAUCCGCUGAAAUAGAAAUUGAUAUUGCCCAACUUCGAGAGACAAUCUCAGAGUUGGAUGAUUUUGAAGUUGUGGGUAGGGAUGUUGAAGUUUCAAAGAUAGUUAACCAGCUUAUCGAUGCAACAAAUACACAUGUUACAUCUAUCUUACCAAUUGUGGGUAUGGGUGGACUGGGAAAAACAACAAUGGCAAAGGUGGUUUUCAAUCACGAAAGGAUCAAAACACAUUUUGAUAAAACUAUAUGGGUGUGUGUGUCUGAACCUUUUCUAGUCAAUAAGAUUUUGGGAGCAAUCUUAGGAACUUUGAGAGGUACUUCCAGUGGUUUGGACAAUAAGGAGGCCUUACUUCAUGAACUUAAAAAAGAGAUGCACGGCAAAAGAUAUUUUCUUGUGCUUGACGAUGUUUGGAAUGAAAGUCAUUCUUUGUGGGAUGAGUUGAAGAAUUGUUUGAUGAGGAUCACUGAAAGAUCAGAAAAUAGUAUUCUUGUAACUACGAGGAGUGCUGAAGUGGCAAAAAUCAUGGAAACCCUUCCUAAUCAUCAUUUAAGUAAACUCUCUGACGAUCAAUGUUGGUCCUUAUUUCUGGAAAGUGCAAAUGUAAAUGGACUAUCAAUCACUUCAAGUUUGAAAGUUGUUCAAGAGUUGGUUAAAAAAAUUGGUGGUAUACCAUUAGUUGCAAGAGUUCUUGGAAGAGCAGUGAAAUUUGAAGGAGACUAUGAAACUUGGGUGACAACAUUGGAAAGUAUAAUAAGAACUCGGUUGCAGUUGCAGGAGGAAAGCUUUGUUUUAUCCAUAUUGAAAUUGAGUGUGGAUCGUCUACCAUUAUCUUCAUUAAAGCAAUGUUUUUCCUACUGUUCCAAUUUUCCCAAAGAUUUUGUGUUUGAAAAGGAACCACUAAUUCGAAUGUGGAUGGCACAAGGAUUUAUUCAACUUCAAGAAAGAAGAAGCAACAAAACAAUGGAGGAUGAAGGAGACACAUACUUCAAGAUCUUGUUGUCCCGUUGCUUAUUUCAAGAUAUCAUUAAAGAUGGUAAAGGCAGAAUUAUAAGUUUUAAGAUGCACGAUCUUAUACAUGAUAUUGCAUGCAACAUAUCAAAUGAUAAAAAAUUGCACUUAGAUCCUUGCAAUCUACUCGACAAUGAACAUUGGAGGAAUGAGAUUAGUGAAAAAGUCGCAAGUAAGUUACGCACAGUCAUUUGUCGUCGAGAGACGCUUCACAGAAGAGAGCAGGUGAUUGACGAUAAGAUGUCAAACUUUAUUUGGUUGCGUGUUUUGAUAAUUAAUUUUUGGAAUGCUAAGAAGUUACCAGAUUCAAUUGGUAAGUUAAAACAUUUGAGAUAUCUCGACAUUUCAGGUUGUUCAAUGGAUGAGCUUCCAGAAUCAAUCGUUUCACUUUAUCAUUUGCAAACACUAAGGAUUGAAGGCACGAUGAUUGUAGAUCUUCCAAAGAAUUUGGGAAAAUUGGUCAGUUUAAGACAUUUAGAGUUUUCAUUUUUCCUCGGAAUCAAGAAAAUCCUACAAAUGCCCUCACAUUUGAGCCAAUUGGUUCAACUUCAAACGUUGUCAACUUUUAUAGUAGGGUUCGAGAAGGGUCGCAAGAUCACAGAACUUGGACCCUUAAAAAACUUGAAAGGUAGUUUGAAUCUUUCCAACCUAGAGCGAAUCAAGAGCAAAGAGGAAGCCAUGUUUGCAAAAUUGGGGGAAAAGGAGAAUUUACAUGAGCUUACCUUUACUUGGACUUGCUCUUCUGAAAGAGAAUAUAAUAACCACAAUGACUUGGAUGUAUUGGAAGGACUUCAGCCACACAAAAGUCUUCAAUCUUUGAGCAUCCAAUCCUUUCUAGGUGAAUGUCUGCCAAACAAGAUUUUUGUUGAGAAUUUGGUAGCAAUAAGUCUAGUUGAUUGUGAAAAUUGUGAAAGGCUUCCGAUGCUUGGACAAUUAACCAACCUAGAAGAACUUUGUAUUUCUGGCUUACAUAGCGUAAGAAGUAUAGGCAAUGAAUUUUAUGGAAAUGACUCUGACCAAAGAACUUUCUUCCCCAAGUUGAAGAAAUUUACACUGAAUAAAAUGUCCAACUUAGAGCAGUGGGAAGAAGUCACAUUGGCACCAAAUCUUACAGUUUUUCCUUGCAUUGAAAUGUGGAAAAUUUCUGAAUGUUUCAAGUUGCUGAAAGUUCCAAAAAUUUUUGGUUCUUGGGAUAAGAAUCAUGUCAAGCCUUGGACUCUUGUAUUAGGAAAUGUUUCCAAUUGACCAACCUUUCAGAUGAGCUACAACAACAAAGCAAUGGAAGCAACUGUGUCUAGACUCUGUUAGAUUCUGUUUGUUAUGACAUAGCUUCUUACAUGAUUUUGGAUGAUUUUAAAAAUAUAUUUACACAAGCUCAAUCGAGAUGAGGAGGAUCCAACUGAAGUAUGAAAUUCUUAUUGUCCAGAGAAUCAGAUCGGUUCGGCAGGACUUCUUGAAUGACUGUACCAGAGAAUUCUAUUGUAAUCUGAAGAGUUUGGUAAUAAGUAAAAAUUGUUAGAAAAUAAGCAAUUCUCUGAAUACAUACAUGAA